AUGGAAGGCUGCAACAGCGCGAACGUACCAGUGUUGGCUAAUACCAAGUUGUCUAUCCAAGCUGAUGACAAAAAGGCUGAUGCUACCUUGUUUAAACAGAUUGUAGGAUCACUCAGGUAUGUGUGCAAUAGCAGACCAGAUAUUAGUUAUUGUGUUGGGCUGGUAAGUAGAUUCAUGAGUGAUCCCAGACAAUCUCAUCUCUCUACUGCCAAACAUAUAUUGCCCUAUCUAAAAGGAACAAUUGAUUUUGGCCUCUGCUUUCCCAAGAAGACUGACAGAAUGACUGGGGUGUUAAAAGCUUGGAGUGAUUCGGAUUGGUGUGGAGAUCAAAAGGAUAGAAAGAGCACAUUCGGCUAUGUAAUUAAGUAUAUGGGAGCGUGGUUUUCCUGUUGUUCGAAGAAGCAGAGUGUUGUAGCACUCUCAUCAUGCAAAGCUGAGUAUAUUGCUUCAGCCAAGACUGCAUGCCAGUGUGCUUGGCUAGAGACAAUUCUGGAUGAGUUGAAGAUUGAAUGCUGUAAGCCAAUCCAGCUAUUGAUAGACAACAGAUCAGUUAUAAACCUAUCUAAAAAUCCCAUCUCACACGGUAGAAGCAAACAUAUAAGACCAAAUUUCAUUAUCUGA